AUUUUGUUUGGAAGCUUAUACUUUCGACGUAUGAUUCAGGUUCACAAGAGAGGAGAGAAGGAAAAGGGUUGCAAUAAUGGCAUCUGGAGGGGCCUUGCAGAAAGCGAUUGAGCUAGUAACAAAAGCCACAGAAGAAGACAAAAGCAAUAAUUAUGCAGAGGCUUUGAGGCUGUAUGAAUCAGCUGUGGAAUAUUUCCUUCACGCUAUGAAAUAUGAGGUUCCUAAUGAACGGGCAAAGGACACCAUUCGCGCCAAGUGCAAAGAAUACUUAAACAGAGCUGAGAAGCUUAAAGAACAUCUAGGAAAGAAGAAGAAAGCAGAAAAGGCUGGUGUUCCUGUGGGAAAGAAGAACAGCAAGGACUCAGAUUCAGAUGAAGAGUCAGACCCAGCAAAGAAGAAGAUGGAGUCAAGGCUGGAAGGAGCAAUUGUGGCUGAGAAACCCAACAUUCGCUGGGAUGAUGUGGCUGGCCUUGAAGGAGCCAAAGCUGCCCUCAAGGAAGCUGUCAUCUUGCCCAUUAAGUUCCCACACAUGUUCACAGGAAAGAGACAAGCAUGGAGGGGCAUUUUGUUGUUUGGGCCUCCUGGUACUGGUAAGACCUUCUUGGCCAAAGCAGUUGCCACAGAAGCCAACAACUCUACAUUCUUCAGUGUCUCAUCAGCUGAUCUCGUAUCCAAGUGGAUGGGCGAGUCAGAACAGCAUGUGAAAACUUUAUUCUCAAUGGCUCGUGAACAGAAGCCUUCCAUUAUCUUCAUUGAUGAAGUGGACUCACUGUGUUCCUCAAGAUCAGAACAGGAAUCUGAAUCUGCUCGUAGAAUUAAGACAGAGUUCCUUGUGCAGAUGCAGGGCGUUGGCAAUCAGAAUGAUGGCGUGUUAGUUUUGGGUGCUACAAACAUCCCAUGGACACUUGACUCUGCCAUCAGGAGAAGGUUUGAGAAGAGAAUCUACAUCCCGCUGCCAGAGAAACAUGCUCGCAAGAACAUGUUCAUGCUCAAUCUUGGAGACACACCCCAUUGUCUCACAAACGAAGACUUUGACUAUUUAGGUCAAUUCACAGAAGGAUUCUCAGGUGCAGAUAUCAGCAUUGUUGUGCGUGAUGCCUUGAUGCAACCAGUGCGCAAAGUCCAGACAGCAACCCACUUCAAAAAGGUCGCAGGGCGGUCCCGUGAUGACCCCAAUGUUAUUGUUCACGAUUACCUAAUGCCCUGUUCCCCGGGUGAUCCACAAGCUUUUGAGAUGACUUGGGAGCAGGUGCCCAGUGACAAGUUAUAUGAACCUGAAGUGACUAUGGCUGAUAUGAAAAGUGCCCUUAACGACUGCAAGCCCUCAGUAAACCAAGCUGACCUGGACAAGCUUCGCCAGUUUACAGAAGAGUUUGGACAAGAGGGUUAGGUGUUGUGUGUCUUGAGAAAUAUAAUAUCUUUUUUAUCCAGUUCUGCAUUUUGCAUGAAUAUCGUCCAUUAUUACUGAAAGUCCAGGAGAAGGAAGAAAAAAAAAAAAAAAAAAAAAUUAAAAUGAACAAGAGACUCUCUGAAACAGAAGUAUAGUUUAUCUAGUACAAGUAUGACAUGAUUAGUUGGUUAUCCAGACAUACAUAAAGUGAUUACUUAAAGAUAAGAAAUUGUUUUAUAUGAUUAUAUUCACCAUUUCAUUCACUAUUACUUAGAUAGCAUUACAAAAGCCUUCUGAAUUUACAUAUUUGCCUUUUUAAAGUUAUUUUGCAUUAUUAAGAUGAUAUAUUCAUUCAUACUAGUAUUUUAAUGUUUUGUGUGUUUACAUUAGUUUGUUUUAUUAUUCAAACCUUUUUUCUUAUCAUUAAUACUGGAUAAUCAACAUGUUUAUAGGGCAUACAUUGGCAACAUACAUCACAUUUUAUAGACUUUUUUCUUUCUUUCUUUCUUUCUUUAUCUAAGGUUUCUUCCCUGUUUAUUUUAUUUCACUAGUUCAUACUCGCAUACUCACAUAAAGAAAACACUACACAAAUAGACCUUGUUUUAUAAUUAUUUUACAAAGUUCAUUUACCUUUUUGGAUGGAAAAUUGAAGGUGUCAGAUUAAUUACAAACAUAAUCAUCUCAUAAUUGCUUGUAUAUUUGUAUGUAUCUUAACUAUUUAGUCUCAUAACAGACAUGCUCUUGUUGAUUCAGUAAUAAGUAAAAAAAAGAAAAAAAAAAGAAAAAAAAUGUAUCAGGGUUGUUUAAUGAUGGUCUUAGUUUAGUUCCCACUGAUUAUUAUUAAUUUUUCCCAUUUUAUGUAAUUUUUAUGUAUCUUCCUGACUGAGGAGAAACAAAUGAAAUUGUAGUGAGUGCAGAGUAUGUGAUAUUUAUCUUGAUGGUUAUGUAAAGAUUUUUACUUUUCUGUGUGAUUUCUUUGACAAAGAAAAAAAAGAAGAAAUUAAAUGAAGUCAAUGAAUAGAAGUGUUUACAUGUUUUUUGUAAGUAAUAUUAGUUUUAUUUUUAUGUACGUCUCAUCAGUAGGUAAUUUUAUAUGCAAGACCAUCAUUAUGUCAUAAGUGAUUAUUUGUAGAAAUGCAGAGCAAGUGGGUCACUAAAAUUAGCGCUUUCAGUUCAAUUCUUUACAGUUUCCAUAAUUACUUAACUUGUAUAUAGCAGUAUUUCAGCUAGGCUCUAUGUUUAGGUGACCCCACCAAUAUAUUGUAGGUCUUAUUUACCAGUGGUUAGGGUAGCUUGUGUGAUGAACAAGAGAUGCUUGUUAUUUCAUAACACAAAAAUGUAUAUGAAUAAGAGAAUUUAAAGAAAAAUGUUUAUGUAACUAUGGUUAAAUAAAAAUGAAAGACUA